GAGAAUUUGUAGUUUCAUUCAUUUGCUUGCAAAGGUCGGCGUCCCCUCCACCUCCAGGCCUCCACUCUCUCUAUGUUUCAGUAAAGACGCAAUGCGAAGAAAGGAAUUAAAAACAAAAAAGUGAUCUGCCAAAAAUUUUCUUCAAUUGCUGGAAUUUUCGAGCUCGAUCAGCUAGCUUUUGGAAGUUCAAAUAUUUAUAACCAAAACAUGAUGUCUACUCCAAUUACAUCUGCAGCGGUGUUGUCUUCUGAAUCUUUGGACGUCAAUGGAGUCCAGACCGUAAAUUUGAGCCUUCAACAAAGCAGGACCUCCUCACAGGGUUCAAUCGCCAUUCUUUGGGACAUUGAAAACUGCCCUGUCCCAAGUGAUGUCCGCCCUGAAGAUGUAGCUGGAAACAUCCGAAUGGCAUUGCGUGUCCAUCCUGUUAUUGAAGGAGCUGUUACAAUGUUCUCUGCCUAUGGCGAUUUCAAUGCAUUUCCAAGGUGGCUUAGAGAGGGUUGCCAGAGGACUGGAGUGAAACUCAUAGAUGUUCCUAAUGGAAGAAAAGAUGCUGCUGACAAAGCUAUUUUGGUUGACAUGUUUCUGUUUGCCCUUGACAACCCUCCACCAUCUUCAAUUGUCCUCAUCUCAGGAGAUGUAGAUUUUGCACCUGCAUUGCACAUUCUGGGCCAACGUGGAUACACCAUCAUCCUUGUUAUUCCUGCUGGAGUGGGUAUCUCAUCUGCCCUGAGUAACGCUGGGAGGUUUGUCUGGGACUGGCCUAGUGUGGUUCGUGGAGAAGGGUUUGUGCCCCCUAAGGGUCUAAUAUCUCAUGGCCAGGCUGACAUUUCUGCGUAUCUUGUGGGUUGCCGUAUUGGUGAAAAUGCAGAUGACCAAAUUGAAGAAGAAGCAAUUGUGUACAAAGGAAUCUCAAAAAGUGAAUCAUCCAUCCGGACUAACAUUAACCAAUUUUACCGUUUCAACUCUGGGGACUUAACAAGGACUUCACAGUCUUUGUCUGAAUACAACAGUAAUUUAAUUAGCAUGCCUUGUUUCCCCACGUCAAGAUCCCAUAGUCUCCCCUCUGGUUUGAGCAAUGUUUCAGCAGGAUCUGUUCGUGGUGAUCAGAGUGAAGCACAUGAUCCAACAUCUUGGGUCCAGCCUGGAGACUUGAAUGGAUUAAAGGGCCAGUUGGUGAAGCUACUUGAGAUGUCUGGAGGAAGCCUACCACUUGUCCGUAUUCCUGCAGAGUACCUUAAGAUUUAUGGUCGCCCCUUGUAUGUCGCAGAGUAUGGGGCUUCUGGGCUUGUAAAUCUUCUCAAGAAGAUGGCAGAUGUAAUGAAUGUGGAACGUAGGGGCAAUAGGAAGUAUGUCUACCUCCGCAACCACAUCAAUCGAGUGGGGAAAACAGGAUCCAGUACUUCAUCAGGUCUAGCAAGGAGGGAUAAGAAGGGGAAGGGACCUCAGGAGGAGAAUGCAGAUACUAGUGUGAAUGUAGUUCCAGAAUGCUCAAACUCAUCAGAUGAGUCUUCAGAAGAUGAUAAGUUGGGACAUGAGGAGAGGAGUUCAAAGACUGUUUCAGUAAUGAUGAACCAAGAAAUUAACAAUCAUCUCCAACGAUUUAAACUGGAACUUCAGGAACUUCUUGUGAGCUACUCAUGCCGUAUCUUCCUGGGUUGUUUUGAGGAAAUAUAUCGCCAACGGUACAAGAAAUCAUUGGACUACAGUAGUUUUGGUGUGUAUGAGCUGGAGGAGUUGAUUGACAAGGUGAAAGACAUUGUGGUUUUACAUGAAGAACAGGGUAGCAAGAGGAAAUUCCUGGUUGCAGUAGGUGACUAGGAACUGGUACUAUGUACCUGUAUUCAUUGGAUCCAGUGUUUGGGGUCUGCUUUUAUAUGUACGGACCCAUUCUCUUCUCUUCUUUCUACAAAUGAACGGGAAGGAGAGGCACCAUAUGGAUGUAUUCUACUACAUUAUGUCCAAAUCUAGAGCUUGUUUCCACAACAUGCGUGCAAACAAAGGAUAGCUCCCUCCAUAUGCAUGGAGAGUCACUAUAACUGAUCAGCAGCAAAUAAGAGAUUUGUGAAAUUUAACUUGCAUUUGGUCUAUCCAGGUUGUGAGCUCACCUGUGGCCAUAGAGGUGUAUGCGAUAUUACAUUGUGUAAUUUAUUAUUUCCUGGAACGAGGAAUUUGACUAGUUAAUGAUAAUAGGGGAUUGGAAUCCACUUUUUUUUAAUGGAUUCCACCUCGGCUAUUUUCUAGUGUAAAAUCAGCACCUUUGAGUCUCUUUUCAUCUAUUAUUGUGAUUGUGAUAAUUGGAGAGCGUGGGCAUUUAUUAUCAGAUGGGUGCGACUUAUCACGCCAAUGGUGCAACAUGGAAGGAAUAUUGGAUUCGAAGGUUUUAACCAUCUUCA